UAGACCACCAUUUUGUAUACGUCUGUACAUAGCGACUUUUGUCUACUCUAUUUGAUCUGUGGUUUUUCUUAUAUGCGGUCGCAGGCCAUGUCGCUUUUACAUGAAAAAUAUAAAACUUUUGACGAAAAUGCUACAUUAGCAGUUUUCAAAAAAAAAUUAGAAAACAUGAGGACAUCGUAUGGAAGAGAAAGAAAGAAGGUACGUACCUACUUAAGCACUUUUAUUUUACAACAUUGGACAUAAUAACCUUUUACUCGCAUAUCUCUAACAUAUAGGUAGUUCUUAACUUACUGUUUAUGUGACGCAUCUAAUUAUUAUAGGUUAUGAAUUCUACUCAGACCGGUGCCAGUAUUGACGAUGUGUAUUUGCCUACGCUAUGGUACUACGAGCUACUUACCUUUUUGGAUGAAAAGGACAUAGCUGCCCGAAUUGGUGUGGAUACUGCAGUAUCUGCUGAUGAGGAUUGUAAUUCAGAGGCUCCACCAGCUGUAAAAAGAAACAAAGUUUCAAGUUUUCAAAAAAAGCAAGAACAGCUGCUCGACACAACAAAUAAAAUAUUAAAUACUAAAGAGGAUGAUUGGGAAAUUAUAGGUAGAUCUAUUGGAGUGCAAUUGAGAGAUCUAACUGCAAAUCAGAAGGUCAUAGCAAAAAAACUCAUUUCGGAUGUAAUAUUUUAUGCCAGUACUGAGCAACUAACCAAUAAUUCAUUUGUCUCUAUUCCCUCAUCUUCAAUUAUUCCCUCUCCUUCACCAUCACCCACUUCAGUUACAUUUCCUCUCACAUCUCCGCAAUACGAAUAUAAUGAAAAUUCCCUGAACCAUCCAAAGAUAUAUAUAAAACGCCGCCCUAAACCUUCAAGUACUUCCAUUGAUACCCAACAAUCUGCUGCUUCACCAUCAUCAGCAAACAGUCCACCUAACUUUGGUACAAUAAGUCAAGAUGACCGUCGUCAUCAUGAAGAAUUAUCAAGAAACAUGUCCCCACUGCCUCCAUCAUCAGGAAACACAUCACAUUCUCUGAACCAUCCAAAAAUUAUUAUAAAACGCCCCCCUAAAACCUCAAGUACUCCCAUUGGAUCUCAACAAUAUGUUGUUUCACCAUUGUUUGCAAACAGUCCACAAAUAAAUAAUAGCUUAGGUGCAAUAUCCCAAGAUGACAAUCUUGAAUAUGUUAAUAACAAACAAUCUUCAAUUAUUUAUGAAGGAAAAGGAAGUCAGUUAGGACAGUUUUUAUUAUAUAAUAAAAAGCAUGAGAAAUAGGCUUUUAAUAUAAUUAAGUGGGAUAUCAUAC